ACAAGCUCUAGAUAGACUGAUAGAAAACAAGACACACAAAGAAGCUCAUCGUCACAAGAAAUGGCGAUCUCAAUGCUUCAAACCCUAACCACACCGUUUCUGUACCAUAAUACCCUUCGACCCUACACCACCAGGCCACACCGCCACUGCACCAUCAUCAAGGCAUCAUCACCAUCUUCUUCGAAUCCCUCUCUAGACUCGAAUACUGGUUUUACUCCUAAACCUAACAACAACAAGAGGAGAUUAUUGGACAUGGGUGUCGCACUUUUAGCUGCUACGAUGCUAUUUUCAUCCCCAUUUGAUGCCAAUGCUACCAGAAUCGAGUAUUACGCCACUGUUGCAGAACCCUCUUGUGAGCUUCAGUUUGCGCCUUCAGGUCUUGGUUACUGCGAUGUGGCUGUUGGGUUCGGUGAAGAAGUUCCGUAUUCUCAACUUAUCAAUAUUCAUUAUACUGCAAGGUUUGCUGAUGGCACAGUUUUCGACAGCAGUUAUAAACGUGGAAGGCCUCUAACAAUGCGUGUUGGUGUUGGCAAGGUGAUCAAGGGACUUGAUCAAGGGAUCUUUGGGGGCGAGGGUGUUCCACCCAUGCUUGUUGGUGGAAGACGUCAACUUCAAAUUCCUCCGCAGUUAGCGUACGGACCUGAACCUGCUGGUUGCUUUUCUGGGGACUGCAAUAUACCUGCGAAUGCAACACUUCUAUAUAACAUCAACUUUGUGAACAUCUACUCGGGUAACCGAUCAAAAUGACGGUGGUCGAAGCUGCACUAGGAUUAGGAAGGUAUAAACUGCAUACCGGCUGCUGCACAAUCAAGCGAGUCCUCUAAAGUUUUUUCCCUUAGUCGUUCACCGAUAUAUAAAUUAUAUAAUAUAUAUAUGGUACUAUUGUUUGUAUAAGGAAAAACUUCUGCAAUUUAACCAUCCAUCUGAAUUAUGAUGCAUGGACUGUUUGGCAAUUACUGAAUAGUUUGGUGCAGAA